AUGUCACCUAAUAUGAGUCAUACUCAUAUAGUGGUACUAUGUUCCAUUGCAAAUUUUAUAAAUGCUGCCGAUCGUGUUAUUAUGCCAAUCGCAAUGAUACCAAUGACUAGUUAUUUCAAAUGGACAAUGCAUUGGCAAGGAUGGAUAUUAUCCUCAUUUGCCUUUGGUUAUUUAAGUAGUCAAGUAAUUUAAAUAUUUCAUAUUAUCUAUACUUAACAAAUUUAUUAUAAGAAAAUAAUUAUUAUUAAGGUAGUAGGAGCUUGUGCAGCCAAAAAAUUUGGUGGUAAAAUGAUUCUCUUACUAUCAGUUUUUUUAUGGUCAAUAUCCACAGUCGCAACACCAUGGGUUUCUCAUAACACAUUUGCCUUGAUGGUAUGUCGAAUAAUAUCUGGAUUUGGCGAAGGAUUGGGUAAAUACAUACUAUGUUAGUCUUUUUAUAUAUUAACAAAAAAUUCUAAAAUGUGUUUUAAUUUCAAUUUAGGAUUGCCAACAAUAUUUCAUAUUUUUGCAAACAAUAUAGCAAUUACUGAACGUUCAAGUGCAUUUGGUUAUUUAGUGGCUGCAGGUUCUAUUGGUCAAACAGUAGCGUCUGUGGUAAAUUAUUAGUAAUUACUUCAUUUAAAGAAUAUUUUACCUUCUUUUAGAGGUUUUUUUUAUCAAAUAAAAACCUGAUUUAUGCAUAUUACUAUAAUGUUUUUUUAUGUAGAUAUGUCCACAUUUAAUGUGGCAAACUAGCUUUUAUUUAUUUGGUUCAAUUGGUAUUGUUUGGUCACUUAUAUGGAUUUCAUUAUAUUCAGAUAAAGAUUGUAGAAAUAAUGAUGAAAUCCCAUUAGUUAUGAUUCCUAAAGUAAGUUAUAUUGUUACCAUAAUUAUAUUUCAUUGCAUUGCAAGUUUUAUUUAUAGUAAAUUGUAAAAAUUGUAUAAUUUUUUAAUAAAUAACAAAACAGGCGAACAAUUUUAUUUUUAGAGUUCUAGUAUAAAAAUACAUUGGAGAAAAUUGUUUAUACACUGGCCCUUAUGGGCAAUAUAUAUAGCUCACUUUUCAAUGAAUUGGUCCAACUAUAUAAUAAUGCAUUGGCUACCUACUUAUUUACGCUAUCUUGGCGGCAAUUCACAUAGUAUUGGUUUAACAGCUGUUCCAUAUAUAUUUAAUUCAAUAUUUGGUAUUGGUAAGUUUUAAUUGGUUUGCUUUUAAUUUUUAAAAUUUUAAUUAAAGAAUAUAUACAGUAGCAUAUUUAGAACUUUUUUAGUAUAACAUAAUGAUAUAAUUACUAAUUCAUUUAAAUGACUCUAAAUUGACAACAAAAAUUCAUUUAUCCGGAAUCAUAAAUUAUAAUUUAAAAAUACUUCUUACCUUUACCCUAAAUACAUUUUUCAUUUUUUUUUUUUGAUAAAAUUAAAUUAUUCAGUAUUAUUUUAAUUAGUUGCAGGAAAUUAUGCAGAUAAAUUAAUUGAUCGUAGAUGGCCAAUUUUGACUGUUCGACGACUAAUGACUACUAUAGGUUUAGUUGGUCCAGCAAUAUUUCUAUUUCUAUUUUGUACAGUGAAUAGUUUAGCUGCAGCCAUAAUGUAAAAUCUUAAUAUACAGUUAUUAAGCUGCCAUAUCCUUAGGCAAUAUAAUAGGAUAUUCUAAUAUGCGAUGUUAAUAUUUGUAGCUGGAUUCAUUUCAUUGCAUAUGGGUAUAUCCUAUAUCACAUAUCACCUUGGUUUAUGAGCAGCUUUACUCAAUUCAUUAUAAAUAAUAUUAAUUAUUUUAUGUUAUAGAUUCAUUUCUAUAUCAAUGGGAUUAUGUGCUUGUAAUUCUGCUGGACAUUUAAGUAAUCAUGCUGAAGUGGCCCCCAAUCAUGCUGGAAUUACAUUUUCAGUUUCCAAUACACUGGUAAGUUUCAUUCGUUAUAUUUAGAAAAUAUUUUUAAAGGACUUUUAUUUAAACAAAUUAUAAUUGUAUUAUUAGUUUUUAUAAAUAAAACUUUCCUAAAAUAGGUAUAUUAUAUCAUUUAUGUCUACUAUGGAUGGUGGAGCUAUGUGUCAUUAGUUUGCAGCACAUAUGAGUGAAUUUCUAUCUAAAGCCGUGUAUUAAACAAUAAACAUCCUGAUAAGACACGUAGAUUAUAUUUCACGCAUACUAGUUUUUAAUUAUUCCCUAUGUCAAUUUUUAGAAUUUUUUUAUGAAAUUGAUUUAAGUCUCUGGGAUCAAUAAUUUUUUAAUAAAAUAUUGUGUUAAUUUUUCUUUAAUUUCUAAUAAAUGUUAAUGCCUUCAAUGAAUGAACAAAUAUUUUAUUUUGAAUCCAAUCAUCAUUGUAGUUUUUUUUUUUUUAGUAAAAAUGUAAGAAAUUGUUUCAUGAAAGUUUUCUUUAAAUUUCAAACUAUCUGAUUAAGUACCCAAAUUUGGGUUUAUUUUUGGUUAAAAGUCUUAGAACUCGCCAAUCAUAACAAGCUGUAUUUUGAAAUAAUUCAUGUAAUUCAUCAGCCAAAAAUAUUUAUUGCCCAAGUGUGAGUUCAUGUCGGAUUUUAAUUGUAAAUAAACCUCUUUGUUAGCAGAACCAUAUCGAAUAGAUAACAAGGGAUCAAAAUAAUCACCUGCAGUAGUUCAGAUAACCAGAAAUCGUUAUUAAAGUAAUAUCAUAACAAAAGAUUGUACAACUUUAUCAUUGGUUAAAAUUCAUUAAUUCAUUGUUGAAUGGAAUUAUCCAUGAAUACCCCCACUAAAUGAUAUAAAUAAUAUAUUUGUUAAAAUAUUAAUUUUAUAUUGUAACAUUUUCAUAUACCAAUUUGAAUAAAUUUUUUUAGAUUCUCAGUAGAGCAAGAAAAAUAUUAGUUUUACUUUGAUGUGUGGUUCAUUAUUAUUAUUAUUAUUUAUUUUGUGUCUGUUAACAGAAAUUUGAUAUGGUCACCCUGGUGUAGCAUCUUUUCUAAUAGUAAAUUUUGAAUAAUUUUAGUUUAAAGAAGUCCUUAUUUUCUGUGUAGUUUUCUUAAUAUAAUAUUUGGGAAAAAAUGUAGCAAUGUAUGGAAAGUUUACCAUAUUACUGGUUUUAUUAUUUUAAUUUUUUUUUUAAUUAUGUUAAAUAUAAUCGUGGAAUCUUGAAAUGUUCUCAAAAUACUUAUAUUAGCCUUUUCUAGAUGUAAUCAAAUUUUUAAAAUAUUCUCUUGAUUUUUUUCAAGUUUUUUUAGUUUUUAUUUGGUAUAAUGUGUAUAAAAUUGGUUAGCUGAAGUCCCCUAGUUAAAGUAAUUUUACAGAAAUAAAAUUUGAUAUUAAAUAAUGAAAUAUACAUUAACAACAUGGAUGCAUACAAUAUUUACAUAGAAAAGAUAAUGUUUUAUAAAACAUUAUUAAUGAUUAGAUAUAAUUAAAAUUUGAAAUAUGACGAACUGUUUUAUUUUUGAAACAAACCGCAAAUUGCAAAUAAUCGAACCAAACCAAAUACCCAAUAGUUCUAUUCGAAAAUCAUUCAAUAUCGGUUGGCUUCAUUUAUUUUAAGGAAAGUUUGGUUCAGUUUAGUCAACCUUAAAAAUCAAUGUUUUUAAUAUUUCUAAUUAAAAUUUAUAAUAUGUAUUUGGUUAUUUAAAAAAAAAAAAAAAUACUUUGAAGUGAUUUUAUAGAUUUCAGUAAUUUGAAAAACCACUUUCCGAUUAGUUUAAAUCAGAAAAACUUUUGUUUGAGUUAUCUGAGUCUAAUCACUAGUUACUAUAUUAUUUAUCACUAUAUCAAUUACUAUUUUUAUUUAAAUAUGAUUAGUUUUUUUUUUUUUUUUUUAGGCUACUAUACCAGGAAUAUUAAGUGGUCCAUUAACUGCAGAACUUGUGACUGCAUCUCAUGGCCGUUGGUUUCCAGUAUUCAUUUUGGCUGCUGCUUUAAAUUUAACUGCCUCAGUUAUUUAUUGUAGUCAAAGUUCUACGUCACAGAUUUUGUAA